CGAUAGUUGCCUUGGUCAUGUAACACUGGUGAGCCCAUGGCUCACCUUGCUUCAGUGCUGGGACAACAACGCUUUGACAUGGCCAACCACCUAGGCUCUCAAUUAGCGCCGAGUGCGCUCUUGGAUGUCCGGCCACAGUGCGACCACAUAGGGAUUUAGCCUCUCGGUUUUCCCGGGGUACAACGCUCGUACGUAGUCGUACAGCCCUAUAGCAUGGACAGGGCACUCCGUGUAACGCCCGUGGUCGUAUAAGAACUAACGGGUUGGACUUGAUAAUGCUCCUUACAACCCACUUGGCUCUCGCUUCUCCUCUACAAAAACCUCGCAACCAGCCCUAUCAAACCAGACGACAACUAUGGUCCUCAAGAUCUACGGCUUUCCCUUCUCGACUGCCACCCGCCUCGUCGUCUUCGUCUGCAAGGAGAAGCAGAUUCCUUACGAGCUCAUCACGAUCGACCUCUUCAAGGGCGAACACAAGCAGCCCGCAUACACCAAGUUCCACCCCUUCGGCCAGGUUCCGUACAUCGAUGACGACGGCUUCAUCCUCUUCGAGUCACGCCCAAUCGUCCGCUACCUCCUCAAGAAGCAUGCAUCGCAGGGCACGCAGGGGCUCUUGCCCACGGACCCCCAGGCCGAGGCACGCGCCGAGCAGGCGCUCUCGAUCGAGGCGAGCUCAUUCGACCCCAACGUGUCGGGCAUCGUCGCCGAGCUGUACUUCAAGCCUCAACGCGGCCUCAGCACGGACGAAGCGAACCUCGCCCGUUUGAAGGAAACGUUGAACGAGAAGCUCGACGCGUACGAGGUCAUCCUCGGCAAGCAGAAGUUCCUCGGCGGCGACAGCAUCACCGUCGGUGACCUCGCACACGCUCCCUACGGUACGCUCCUCGAGACCGUCGGUCAGGGCGAGUUCUUCACGUCGCGCCCCAACGUUGCCAGGUGGUGGAAGGAGGUCACCUCCCGUCCUGCCUGGGAAGCCGUCAAGGCUGAGUGCGUACUGUGAUCUGAGCUUUAUACACGCAGACUAGAGUAGUGCUUUGUGUGGUAUCUUGUAUCGAUUUAUGUACAACGGAAAUACACUACUAAAUAAAUCGACGCUUGAGCGUCGUUGACAAGUCUUGUGUACUGUGGGUAAACAAACAGCGA